AUUUUGUUGACUAAUUGCCUUUCCGGUUAUCGGCCCCGGCGGCAUUAUUGUUACCUAAGCAGUUUGUAUGUUUCGUUGUAACAUUCCAGCUAAUGAGCUCCUGUCUCUACUAAACGGUAGCCCGAACCACAUUUGAACGCUGACCUAUGCUUUAACGAUGCUUGUUAAGGGUUCAACAAAUGACUUUACAAGAUAUUGCGUACAAAAUAGUAAUAAAAGCCGAACCUCUCGAAACUUUAACAGUCAGUUUGUUCUUCCGUUGUACUCGUAUUAUCUACUCUUCUUCGUGGGUCUAGCAAGUUUUAACAUGCAUUCAGGAUGUUUGCUUCUGUCUGUAAUUAGCAUUUCGAUAUUGGCGGUUGUGCAAGGGUCAUCCAAUAAAACUAUCAUUCCAAAGGACUAUUUUCUCAAGGGUCCCUUCGUUAUUCACGAUGUUGUCGUCCUCACGGCGGAGACCCGACGUCAGCGGAAUCGCGCGCUAGACAAUCAUGUCCAGCCCCAGUGGAAAAAGGCGCUGGGUGGGACAGUGCAGGACAUCAAACUGGAUGUAACCAGAGACGGGCCAUAUCCUGCAGACGAACCGGGGACGAAGUCCGACCCUACCGUCCGCUUGAUCCAUUACGAUAUCCAUGGAACAGCGGCGGGGAAGUUCAAUCAAAUUGAAGUGCGCGAUAAAGUCCACAGCAGACUGGGGACAUACCAGCUAGAUAAAGUGGUGGGAACUGUUCCGGAUGACAUCAGACAUAAUAUUAUUUAAGCGAGUAGCUGAACAAUUUCAUCAGUGAAUCGAACAAAAUCUUCGUGAGAUUUGUUUCAGUCUGCAAAAAUUCCCAGUACAACAUCAGAAUAUCAUAUUCAUACGUCAGACUCUGCUGAAUGGAGCAGUUGGAAUGGUCUGUAGAUUGGUCUUUAGAUUUUAUUAGAUGUAUGCUUCAGAA